AUGAAUGAUGAUGCGAAUAAUGAGCUGAUUGUUGAUGUAGAAGAUCCUGGAACAUCCACCAGGGGAAAGAGUAGUGAACAGGAUAUUGACCAGCGAAGGGCCACAACUCACAUCUCACCAUCACAAGGCUAUCACCUUAUUUUCAGUAAAUUGGUACUAAGCAUAGAAAAAUCAUCGGCUCAUUGCUUAUACCCCGUCAUCGUCACUUUCCCAGACUUGCCUGCACUAGGCCCGAUUUCACAAAUGGUACUAGGAUUCAGGAUUGUUCCUAAUGAGGAAUGCAUGAAGAGCUCAGGAGUGGUAAUCAAAGAUAUCGAACAAAAGGCUAUGACGAAAGAAAUGAAUUGCUAUUUAAAAUGCAUGAUGGAACAUCAUGGAUUGUUAGAUACCAAGGGGAAUAUAGUUAGUGCGGCGUUGGAUGAUCAUGUUGGCAUGGAUCAUGAAUUUGAAAUCAGCGAGACUGAGAAGGCUCAGAUCAAACAAUGCAUAACUAAAGUGCAGAAGAUUUUGAAUUGCGAAGAUAUGGAGAAACUUUACACAUGUUUACCAAAAAUGAAUUGAUAUGGUAUUGUGAUGUUCGUAUAAUUGAAGGGUAUAUUCACAGAAAGGAUUAAAAGCAUCUUCGCAA